GGUAAUAUAGUACAACUCUGCCUCGCCGCUCGUCAGUCUGAACGGUGCUGCAUGGCAAGUCUCAAGGGCAAGGCAUGCAUUAGAGAGAGAUUCCCCAACGAAUGCAAAGGAAAAGUAAAUACAUUGGAAUUAAACAGGGAUUUGUACAUGCUUGAUGAAUAAGAUAUACAGUAUCUGGGCUGGAAACCUUGGAAUUUAAGACUUUUUCUACCCAAGCUUUUUUUAUCUUGAGAGAGAACAACAGGUGUUCUCUAUCUCUCUGCGAAGCACGACCUUGCUGUGGUGACCCGUUCGUGGGUUUAUUUGGUCCCAGUCUCCCGGCAACAAGAGGAAUAACCCUAACAAACUGCUGUAUCAGAAAGAUAAAUUUCAACACAAAGUGGGAGACAUUCUCUUGGCCCCUAGCCAGGAAUGGUGGAUAACUUCCUAGUGAGCGGCGAGGACACUUUUUUACCAUACGGUGGCUCCCCACCGGCAUACCGCCUGUUGGACAUGGUGACGGACGGGGGGACCUACCAUGUGAUGCCUUCGCCCUUCUCCGAGGAUGACCUAAGCGAGUCGUCCAGCCCUCGCUCCUGCUCCAGUCCCGACUCCCAAGUGCUCAGUUCCAGCUAUGGCAGCAGCUCCAGUGCCGAAAGUUCAGACAGCAUCCUGGACCUUCUGCUGUCCCAGACCUCCCUAGGUGGGGCAGGGACCGGGGCGGCCAUCCCCAUGUCACUGCCCACCUUUCUGUGGGACUCACAGAGGGACGCGCCAUCCCACCCCCACCCAGAGGCCUUGAAGGAGGAGAGUGUGGACUUCCCAGUCUGGUCCUUAGUGGACAUGGAGGAGCCAUCCUUCCAGCCCACCUUAGAGGAGAUAGAGGAGUUCCUGGAGGAGAACAUGGAGGUGGUGUCGUCCAUGAAGCAGGAGGCCCAGGAGGGGGCGCUGGGGCUGGGCCUGGAGGAGAUCUUAGGGCUGGGGGUGGGACUGGAGGUGUACAGGGAGUCCUCAUCCCCGGGGCCAAGGCUGGAGCCAGAGGCCAAGCAUUCAGACCAAACUGUGCCGACCGCAAAUGCUACCACCGUCACCGAGACCAAAAGCACACCAGCCACAUCGUCACAGGAGUACAACGAAGGCCCGCACAAUGACGUGUUCAAGAGUGGUUCAUUAUCCAGCAGGCCAGGAUCAACACAGAGCUGUGCAAAUGGUGGCAGCGCUGGAAUUCCGGUCAUCCUGCAGAUCCAGCCCAUUCAGAUCAAACAGGAACCUGGUGCCACGGUUCCUCCUCCUCCUCCCACAAUUGUCCAGCCUCCUCCUCAGUCGGCAUCAGACAUAAAAAUUGCCCAGCUGCUGGUCAACAUCCAGGGGCAUACCUUCGCCCUGGUGCCCCAGCUGCUUCCCUCCACCAGCCUCAACAUCUCCUCUAAGUUUGUGCGCAUCGCACCGGUGCCCAUCGCUGCCAAGCCCCUGGGCCUCGGUGAGGUGGCGGUCGGGGGCCAGGGCCAUGGGCUGCUGGUGGGGGGUCAGAAGUUCCAGAAGAACCCGGUGGCGGACCUUAUCAAAAUGCAUAAAUGCACUUUUCCCGGCUGCACCAAGAUGUACACCAAGAGCAGCCACCUGAAGGCCCACCUGAGGAGACACACGGGGGAGAAGCCCUUUGCCUGCACCUGGCCGGGCUGUGGAUGGAGAUUCUCACGGUCGGAUGAGCUGUCGCGGCACCGGCGGUCCCACUCAGGGGUCAAACCCUACCAGUGUCCUGUGUGUGAGAAGAAAUUUGCCCGCAGUGACCAUCUAUCAAAACACAUCAAAGUCCAUCGCUUUCCGCGAAACCGGACGCUGCGCACAGCAAACUGACCCCAUCCGGAUCACUCUUCAAUGGACAUAGACCAAGGGAGCACGGAAUGUGUGUGUGUGUGUGUGUGUGUGUGUGUGUGUGUGUGUGUGUGUGUGUGUGUGUGUGUGUGUGUGUGUGUGUGUGAGGUGUGGUGUGGUAUGAGUUAUGGAGGGUGUGAGAGAGAGAGAGAGAGAGAGAGAGAGAGAGAGAGAGAGAGAGAGAGAGAGAGAGAGAGAGAGAGAGAGAGAGAGAGAGAGAGAGAGAGAGAGAGAGAGAGAGAGAGAGAGAGAGAGAUGGAAACAGAAGGUUUAUGUGUGUGUGCCUUGCCUUUUAGAGAAAUAUUGUGCUAUAAUUUAUUGUAGAAAGAAAAAACAUUGAACAACCAUGUGAAACCAACAAAUGACACUUACCAUCUUCUCCUUAAUCAACAUUUCUUGAGAUUCUUGUUGCUGUUGGUGCUGUUGCAUGUUGUACUCUUUUUAUUUGUUUUUCAGUUCUGUCUUUAUCUUCAAUUUCAAUAAGAGAUAAAAUAAGCUUUUUUCAUUUGAGGUGAAAUGUAUAAUUGCUUCAGUAACAGCCUUCUAUUUUACUUGGAUAUGACUGCCUUUUAUCAUUUUAAGAGUCAAUGUCUUUGACAUUCCUCAUCUGUCAGGUUAAAGUUUUCCUGGAACUUUCUCCAAGUCAGGUUGAAGUUUCCCCAGAAACAUUGUCCUUGUUUUUUUCAUUGUCACUCACAACUCAUUGACAGAGAGGGUAGAGAAUAGUUUACUCAUUCAGCACACUGUUUAUGCAAAGGGAGGAGCCGAGCCUAUUGUCAAUUCUGUACAUGAACUACUGAUAACAAAUAAGAACACGUCACUAUAAGCUACUGGGACUCUCUCAAGUUUCAGAAAAACUUCACCGGCUCAAAUUCUGAUACAAGUUGGUUGAAAGUAAAAGAAUGGCAGAGAAAAUGCAAAACGAAAAGCAAAAAAGAAAGAAUUGUGCACGGUAAUGAUUGUCGAUUGUUUUACGUCUAAACAGGCCUUCCAGUCAGUGUUGUGUAUUUUUUGGUAUUUUUCGUGUAAGUGGCUCAAGCCAUUUGUUAGACACUCGUGUGGCCUUAAUCCACCACAGCAUCCUUACCAGAGGAGAAAAUAGUAAUAUAACAAGUUAUUCAUCAGAGUUUUAUGGAGAAAUGGUGAUAUGGUUUGAGACAAUGAAGAAAGGGAAUUGGAAAUGUAUCACCCUUUACUCGCUCAGUAUAUACGUCCAUUUUGCUCUCCGUUUUACUAUUGACACAAAAUCUGCCUCAACUCAACUAUCCAACCUGAUCUGUUACUGGAAUACCCACAAGCCUAUGUUGGCGUGAGGUCAUCAUGUAUGUGGAUACUACUACACCACGGUGCUGAACACCCGGGAAGAACUGCUUUCUGGGAACUGUAGUCACAACACUUAUUUAGGCCAUGACACAGUCAUUACUUUUGAUGUCCUGUUUUCUCUUGAAACUUGUUUGUUAUGUAUGCCAUGCCCUGUUGUGAAUAUGUACGGUGUGAGAGAUACCAUCCAUGCAGAGUUCAUGUACUGUUCGCAGAUUAAAAAGCAGGGGGACACUAUAUUGUACAUCAUUCCUUUCAUUCAAUUUUUGAAUUUUUAAUGCUUGUUUAAACACAAGUGUUUUAUCGCAUCCUAUGAAUGUAUGUUAAUACGCAGGAGUGUACAUAGCUGCAUCCAUGCGAAAGACACAGAAGACUAUAAUAACAUAUCUUAAGUCUGUGGUUGUGAAGAUUUCUAGUGGAACCCCUAAAUGUGUACAUAACAGAAUGUUUCAGUACAUAUGAAUAUAUUAUAUAUUUUUUCUUUGUUCUACCCAAGAUGCAUUUACAAAUAAAAAUGGAAACAAUCCUGUGUA